AAGCAGAGAGAGGGAUAGAGAGAGAGAAACCAUUUGGUGCCUGAGAGAGAGAGAGAGAGCGAGAGAGAGAGAGACAGUGAGAGAGAUAGAGAGAAAAGAGGGAGAGGGAGAAAGAGACACAGCGUGAGGCUGUGGUUUCAGCAGACACUAGCGGUGCAUUUAGGGAAACUCAUAGACUCGGCUCCCUGGGAUAAAGGGAUAAAGUGUUGUUUCUUGUCCUUUUCUUUCAUUCUUUGUAUCCUCCAGAGGGGCUCCGCUUUUUCCCCUUUCCAUUCUUUUAUUUUUUUCCCUCCAUCCUAUUUCUUCAUCCCUCUUUUGCCUGAGGGAAGAGCUGGAUCACUGUUGUCUCCGUGAAACACAUCAAGCCGGUAGUGGAGGCUGAUGCUGUGAUACUGCAGGAGAAACAUAUAGGCUCUCGUUUGAUGCAGUGAAGUGCCCCUUGAGGAAAAACGCAAGCAAAGGUUUGCCGGCCAUGGGGAACCUCAUUAAGGUCCUUGGCAAGGAUUUAGAGAACUGUCCUCAUUUUUUCCUGGAUUUUGAAAAGGGAUCAUGGGAAAUCUGCUGAAACUGCCAGCUUGCGCCAAACAUGGCCAAAUACUUUUCCUUGACUUUGAAAAUGCCCAGCCCACAGAGGCGGAGACAGCCGUAUGGAACCAAGUUAGUGCCGUGCUGGAAGAGGCCCAUGGGAUACUUGCAGAGUUACAGUCUUACAAUGGAGCAGGACAAGAAAUAAGAGAGGCGAUUCAGAACCCCAAUGACCUCCAGCUGCAAGAGAAAGCGUGGAAUGCCGUCUGCCCCCUGGUGGCCAAACUGAAGAGGUUCUAUGAAUUCUCACUCAGGCUAGAGAACGCCCUGCGCAGCCUUUUGGAGGCACUAACUAGCCCACCCUAUGCUCCCAUGCAGCAUUUGGAGAGAGAGCAGGCACUCGCAAAACAGUUUGCAGAAAUCCUGCACUUCACUCUCAGCUUUGAUGAGCUUAAGAUGACAAAUCCAGCCAUACAGAAUGAUUUUAGUUACUAUAGAAGGACCAUUAGCAGGAAUCGGUUGAACAAUCAGCAGUUAGAAGCAGAGAAUGAAGUGAAUAAUGAAAUGGCAAAUCGGAUGUCCCUUUUCUAUGCUGAAGCCACACCCAUGCUUAAAACUCUGAGCAAUGCCACAACUAAGUUUGUGUCAGAGAACAAGACUCUGCCAAUCGAGGACACCACCGAUUGCCUGAGCACCAUGGCCUGUGUGUGCCGCGUCAUGUUGGAGACUCCAGAGUACCGGUGCCGUUUCACCAACACAGACACCAUGCUUUUCUGUAUGCGUGUGAUGGUGGGCGUUAUUAUCCUUUAUGACCACGUUCAUCCAGUGGGUGCCUUUGCCAAGACCUCCAAGAUUGAUAUGAAGGGCUGCAUCAAGGUGUUGAAAGAGCAGCCUUCAAACAGCGUGGAGGGACUGUUGAAUGCACUGAGGUAUACAACAAGACAUUUAAAUGAUGACAGCACCUCUAAACAAAUCAGGGCCCUGCUUCAAUGAGAGCAGGAAGAGGAGAGCAAGAGGAAGGUGACAACCUCUGAAACCUGUUUGUUUACAAGAGCGAAAUGCAACUUGAUCUCAAAUUAAACAAGAAAUUCUAGAAAAGAGAAAGGAAUAUGAAUAUAUAUAUAUAUAGAUUGUUGAUGGUCUAUCAUUGUGUCAUUUUAUUAAAAAAAAAAACAGGAAGAAUAGAGAUAUAUAUGUAUAUUAAAAUUCAAAAAUUGAAACAAAACUGCAGCCUACCUGGUAAAACAAUGUUAAACCUUUAAAGAUUUGACUUAAAGUGAUAGUUACAACCGGCAACAAAAAAUGGUUAAUAUGACAAGGUAUGUCUGAGUAUUUUUGCACACUUGAAAAGGAAUCCCACUUCACAGAACAGAUUUUAGAAAUGGCUUGAAACGGUGUAUAGUCAAAUUCAUUUUCAUGCGUUUAGACUUGAUUUGAUUUGAAUGCCUUUGCGUCAUUAUCCUCAAUAUGCUUCAUCCAAUGCAUUGUGGUUUUUCGGAGAAAAUUGCAGUCCAUGGCAUUUCCUCUUUGACACAAAGUCUGUUACAGAAUAAAUGUAAAGUUUGCAUAUAGUGCACCAUACUUGAGUUACAUUUCUCUGCAGAUACCAACAGAAAUCAAGAGCGUACUUUAAACAGACACUGAUUUACAUUUCAUUUAGCUGUUUAUAUUCACAAAGCACAGGAUAGUUUUGUAAAGAAAUGAUCUGUUUUGUUAGACUAACUCACUAGUGCUGUACAGCAAUACUCUACCAAGGUCACAAACUGCAAACACAGCAGUUCAUUUGAAAUGCCUUCAUAAUGUACGAUACGCUGAAAACAUGCUAAAUCAUCUGUGGAAGUUCAUGGCGAGUUGUACAUAUCACAAGACAAAUAAUCCUUCAAAUAGCUUGAAUUUUGUUCUCUUGUCAAUUUUAGAUGUUAAAAUCAAAGACUGAGUGAGCCAUGAAACUAUCUCAGAUGCAACACACAUUCUACCCUGUGCCAUAGCUGCUUCCUGUACCACUGCAACUCAUUCAGGGUCCUACAGUCUGAUUGAAAGUCAUAUCACACACAUCACCUGCGUCCAGGAACACAUUCUAGAUUUAGCAUUGAGAAAGACAAUACAGCAAUGUUAGAUUUGCUUUACUCUGUAACCAAAAGCAAAUCAUUGCCAAAUGAGACUGCAACAUUGCCUUUUAGAUAAACAGAGGAGCUGCAAAAAACUUGACUUGGUGUAAAUAAGAGGAUUGUCAUGUGAGGAAUAUUAUGAGGCAUAUGUUCUUAUGAUACAAUCUAGAUUAUUAUCUGUUAGAAUGGCAGAAUUAAAAAAAAAAGUGGUUUUAAAAACAAAAGAGUGAAUUGAAAAGACAAAAGCAGUGCUGUACUUUGGAUGUCUCGCGCCAUUAGUCUGACUUAAUUUGAUCUUCUAAUACAUUUUCUAUAUGGAGUUAUGUUGAAAAGCAAAACUCUGUAUAUCUAUAUAGAUGGCAUGCUGUAAAAGUUCAGACAAGACUGUAAAUAUGGUGUUUUUAUUCAUUUUUAAUUGUUAAGUGAAUCUAAAUUGGGUAUGUGUUGUCUUUAAAAGAAAAAAACAAACAUGCGUUUUGACUUGGACCAUCAGACUUGCCGUAGAAAUAUGUUCCAGAUCUUCAACUUCAUAUCAGCGGGAAAGUGACAAACAGGGCAGGGAGGAGGGUGGGGAUGGGAGGGAUGCGUCUGUCCAUUUGCUUGUUUUUUUUUUUUUGUACAUAUUGUGCAAGAAAUAAACUUGUCAUUUACUACAUUCAACAUGGCGUUUUUUUGUGUCUUUUUCAACGUUCUCUGAGCUUAAUCGUGAGGCACAGGAAAAUAAGUUACGAGAACGUAUUUUCAAGGCUAAAUUAUCUUCUGGAUAAUGAGUGCUUUGGAUAACACUGAAUGAAUGAGUGAGGACUCAUGUACACACUGUAGUCAUGUGCUUUAGGUUGCUGUCCAUGGUGCUGUACUCUUAGCACACUGAAUUCAAUUAAUCAAAUACAACGGACUAAGUUCAUUAAAAUGGUUGAAAUAUGGUCCAUUAAUAAAAUGGAAUUCACGCAUUAUUUAUGCUGAAUUGAACUGUCUACUGCAAACUCACUCUACCUCCAUUCCGCUAUACAAUGCUCAUAUUUUCACAAUCCAAUCAAUGGAUAAACUCCAAAACUUUUUUACUUGAAACUACAUCACAAUACAAAGUCGGUCACAACUUCCAUUUCAUGCUGACUUUAAAAAAGUAAUUGUUACAUCUUUUGCGUUCAUGGGUCAAUCUUGAACCGGGCAUCAAUUGCGGUUUUACACGUGAUAUUAUGUCAUUUUGUUUGUACAUCUAUAAAUUUGACUAUUAAUUAUAAACACUUCACUUACAUUUGGCCUCUUUCCCAUACUGUCUCACACACUUUUUUUUGUCUCACUGGGACUGCAUUCGGCAGUUCAUGCAAGUAAAUCGAAGUUAUAAAAAUAGCUUUUACUUAAAGUGAAAGUUCACCUAAGAAAAGUCACCUUUUUAGAAGAAUAUUUCAGCUCUAUAAGCCCACACAAUGCAAGUGAAUGGUGAGCAGACCUUUGUAGCUCAAAAUAAAUCACAUAAAGGAAACAUAAAAGUAAUCCAUAUUAGACUUGACACAUGACUCCAGUGGUUUAAUCCAUGUCUUCAAAAGUGAUAUGAUAAUCUCCACAUGUUUGUGUUCUGCUGAAGAAUGUCAUACAGUUCUGGGAUGGGUGUGAGUAAAUGAUGAGAGAAUUUUCAUUAUUGGGUGAACUAUCCCUUUAACACAUAAAUUAGUAUUAAUGUUGUACUCUUGAGUUGUACAUUUGUUUUAAUACAGUUUAGUUGAAAAAGAAUAUGAUGGUUUCAUAACUUUUUUCCACCAAAUUGAAUUAAGCAGUUAUGAGUAAUAGGAUAUUCAUUAAAAUUACUA